GAAUUCAAAGAGUUAGAAAAGCAACGAGCAUUGUGGCUUUGACCUACUUACACAAUCAGCUUGUUUCCUGACUAUGAAGGUUGCUUUCGUUACUGGUUCCAAUAAGGGGAUAGGAUUUGGAAUUGUUGCAAAAUUGGCACAUGCUUAUGGUUCCACCGGAGAGUGGGAUGUCUACCUAACAGCUCGAAAUGUUGAUUUGGGCAAAAAAGCUUGUGAGGAAUUAAAUGGCAGAGGCCUCCAUGUUAAGUUCCAUCAGCUGGAUAUUACCGAUGCUGAGAGCCGGAAAAGUUUCUUGUCAUACAUGAAAGCCCAUUAUCCAGACGGGAUCAACAUCGCCGUUAAUAAUGCUGGUAUUCUUUAUAAAAACGACUCAACAGCUCCGUUUGGCGAACAAGCUAGAGUUACUGUGCACACUAAUUUUACCUGUACCCUUGAUUUCACAUUGGAAUUCCUUCCUCUUCUUGCAGAGAACGCCAGAGUUGUCCACGUGUCUAGCAUAUUCGGACACAGGACACUGAAAAAAUUGGGAGAUGAGUUGUACGCUAAAUUUACUUCAGUGAUGAGUCUGGACGAACUGAGAGCUUUGGUUGGGGAAUUCGUGAAACAUGCCGAAGCCGGCGACCAUGAAAAGUACGGCUGGCCAACUACAGGAUACGGCAUAUCCAAGAUAGCACUGAGCAAGGCUUCAUAUAUUCUGGGGGACUUAAUCAAGAAUGACCCUCGGCACAUCGUAAUGAAUGCGUGCUGUCCAGGUUACGUUGCCACUGACUUGACCGAUCACAAGGGCAAGAAAACAAUAGAACAAGGUGCUGACACUCCGUUUUACUUGGCAACUCUUCCAAUUGGUGUGAAGGAACCGAUAAACGAGUUCGUCUCCGACCGUCGCAUUAUUCCUUGGUCAAGGGAUGUGGAGAUCUGAAUCUGAAUUUACGCACCACCCCCUGCAGUGCACCGACGAACACAACCUUUUCCUAAUCGCUUUCUCGUUACGCCACUUAGUUUCUGUGAUUAUUCUUUAAGCUGAUCAUCGAAUUGCGCCAAUUCAUCCCCCAUUGGACUUUCGCUGUUCCGUGUUUUUGCUUCGUCUGGUGACCAUUGGGG